AUGCUUCUUACAACAACAGGUAUCCGACUUGUUGGCGGAGCUAGCACCUCAUUUCAAGGCAGAGUUGAGGUGUUCCAUGACGGCCAAUGGGGAACGGUCUGUGACGAUGAAUGGGAGCUAAGUGACGCCCGCGUGGUCUGUCGUCAGCUGGGAUAUCCCGGUGCAAAAGCAGCUCUUGGAUCAGCAGCUUUCGGGCAGGGGACUGGGCCGAUCUGGCUGGACAAUGUAACCUGCGAUGGUUCCGAGGCAACCAUUUCUGACUGUGGACACAACGGUUGCCCAGGCGGGUACGUUUACCAUCAGCCUAAUCGCCUGUGCUACAAGGCCUUCAACGACACGGCAACCUACAACGGUGCAGUCAGUAGGUGUUCUUUAGACGGGGGAGUCCUUGCCAUACCCCGCGACAACGCAACCAACAACUUCCUCAUCGAUCUGAAAAAUGCCAUCGACAUCAACGGUUUCUUCCGUUUUGGACUGACUGAUGUCCACCAGGAGGGACUUUGGAUUUGGGACGAUAACGUUCCUCUCGGCGACUUCAGAGCUUGGGGUCCAGGCGAACCCAACAACGCAGGAUGCCCCACGGUUGUCCUAUAUGGCGGCUCCGACACUGUGCAGGCCGGUAGAAUGACGUCCUACACCAUGACGGGAGACACCCACGGUGACCGGCCCGUGUACUACAGCAGCGUCAAAUGCGAUUACCUGUAUUACAACAAGCCUACCAUAGAGUGGCGCGUGGGACCGCAGUUCAACAGCAGUGGCGUACGUGUCCGGGACUCCGCCCUCUACGCUGACCAGAUCAACGGGACGUUCCGUCUGUAUAUCCGCAAGGAGUGGAUAGAGAACCUGGGUGUGAAGAUCGCCUGCUCUGUUUCACAAUCGGUAGGGGGCGCUACAAACUGUGCGAGGGUCCGUCUGCACGGCGGUGCCGACUACCGACAUCCCAGCCUGACGACCUACACCAGAACAGACCAGACCAGUGGGGACAGACCUGUCUACGUCAGUGACACAAACAGCCAAAACUUUCUUCAUUUUGUCGAAGACCAAUGGUGGGUGGGUCCCACGAUCGGAAAACGCAGCGGCGCCUUCGCUUAUGUCCCGAACUGCGCCAUGACACCUGACCAGAUCAGGUCACCGUGGUUACUGAGGUACGGGGAUCAGUUGCAAGUCAUCUGGUCGGUUACUGCCAGCUGUAUCGGAAAAGUCUACCAACAACUGAUGGCACCUUCUAACGGCAACAUCAGCGGCAGUAGUUCUCAUGGGGACGUCGUUACGUAUCACUGUGACGCUGGAUACGAGAUCAGCGGCGAUGAAGAACAAACUUGCCAGUCGGACCAGACCUGGAGCGGCACUCAGCCUACAUGCGCCCAAAAACUCUGCCAGCCACUGAUGGCACCUUCUAAUGGCAACUUCUACGGCGGUAGUUCUUAUCAGGACGUCGUUACGUAUCACUGUGACGCUGGAUACGAGAUCAGCGGCGAUGAAAAACGAACGUGCCAGUCGGACCAGACCUGGAGCGGCGCUCAGCCAACAUGCGUCCCGGGACUGUCCACCGUACACGUGGUGAUGAUUGCCGUGGUGCCAUCUGUGGCACUACUGGGAGUAGUAGCGGGGAUUCUGGGAUACCGGCGCGGCAGAAAGCGACAAAAUGUAAAAUUAACAAAUUUGGACAAACCACCACCCCCACCUCCCCCGUCUGUGCCGGCUCGGCCACAGUUCCUGGAGUACGAGGUAAACCCGACUGAUCUGCGACUGAAUGGAGAGAUCGGCAGAGGGGCCUUCGGUAUCGCUUUCCUCGCGACUUUAAUGAGAGCUGUUGAUGGUCUUCUCACGGAACAAACAGUGGUGGCCAAAACCGUCCGUGAGAACGCGAGAGAAGAGGAGAUACAGAAUUUUAUACAAGAGGUCGACACCACCAUCACCCUGAGGGGCCACAUCAACCUGAUCGGUCUUGUGGGCUGCUGCACAAUGUCCCACCCUCCCUACCUGGUGACGGAGUACAUGCCGUAUGGAGACCUCAAGAACUUCCUACUGAAGUGCAGGAAGUUGAAUGAGAGGCUCCAAGACAGCAUGUAUGACUUCGACGAGAUGAAGAUCUACCAGGUAGCACGGCAGAUAGCAAACGGAAUGACUUACAUUUCCCAGGCUGGUUACGUGCACGGUGAUCUGGCCGCCCGGAACGUGCUGGUAGGAGAGGACCUGGUGGUGAAGAUCGCAGACUUCGGCCUGACAACAGACAUUUACGAGCAAGGCUACCAGCGGCAGGCCGCGGAGCAGAAGAUCCCGGUGAGGUGGAUGGCGCCGGAAAGGCUAAUGCGAGAGGGCCGGUACACCAGCAAGAGUGACGUUUGGUCCUUCGGUGUGGUGCUGUACGAGAUUGCUACGCUCGGGAAUGUGCCCUAUCCAGGUCUGGAACGCACGCUCCUGGAGGAACUCCGCACAGGGUACCGCGAACCACGCCCGCCUGGCCUCAAACAAGAGCUGUACGACAUGAUGCUGCGGUGCUGGCAAUGGGAGGAAGAUGAUCGCCCGGAGUUUGAGGAGCUUUACGAUGAGCUGGACGCUGUGGUAGAAGUGAUGGCCAAGGAUUACGUCAAACUCGGUUCCGGCUCCCCAGUGGGGGGUCAGAAUGAGGCAGCAGAAGCUCUUGAAACCUCGUACGACGUCCCUAAGUCGGGCCGGAUGGGGAUGCAACUCCGCGUCACUGCAGAGGUCUACAACAUCAAAGAUCGUGAUGAGGUCGACUCAUUUGGGUCCACAAAUGCAUAA